CUCACUUGUGUUUCCUCGGUGGUCCGAGGGGGGCGGAUAGCUGAGAAUAGACAACAGUAUGUCUGUCCUUGAGACAUGACUGCCCGAGGGUUUUACCAUCUAUAUUCCCGGGACAGUCAAAUACUUUAGCGCGUCUGUCGGACAAGAUGUUUGCUGUUUUUGUCAGAUCCGCGCUGCGGCCUGGCAUGGUGCGGCCUUGUCGUCUGGUCAGACCAGCGACUCAGAUCCCAGAGAGGUCCCUGGUGCACCAAGAAGGUUUACCAAAGCUGCCUGUGCCACCCUUGAAGCAGACAUGUGAGCGCUACCUGGCUGCUCUUGGGCCCAUUGUCAGCGAGGAGGAGCUGGAACACACCCGGCAGCUGGUGAACGAGUUCCUCAAGGGCGGGGUGGGGGAGAGGCUGCAGAAAGGCUUGGAGCGACGGGCACGCAAGACAGACAACUGGCUGUCAGAAUGGUGGAUGCAGUCAGCCUAUCUCGACUGUCGCAUGCCGGUGGCAGUCUACACCAGUCCUGGGGUUGUCCUGCCUCGCAUGCACUUCCAGGAUCGACAGGGACAGAUGAGGUUUGCUGCCAAACUGAUCGCAGGAGUUUUAGACUUUAAAAGAAUGAUUGACACUGAGACCCUACCAGUGGAGUACCUGAGUAGGCAGCCGCUGUGUAUGGACCAGUAUUACCAGAUCCUGUCUUCAUGUCGAAUCCCCGGUCCAAAGAGAGACACUGUCAUGAAUCACGCCAUCGGUAUAACAACUCCCACUCAUAUCACCGUGGUUCACAACUUCCAGUUCUUUGUCUUGGAUGUUUACAAUAGCGAUGGCACCCCGCUGACAGUCGACCAGCUGUACAUGCAGUUAGAGAAGAUCUGGAACUCCUCUCUGCAGACUAACAAGGAGCCGGUUGGCAUCCUUACAUCUCAGCAUCGCAACACCUGGGGAAAGGCGUAUAACAACCUGAUUAAAGAUAAAACAAAUAAGGAGUCAGUUCGUGCCAUCCAGAAGAGCAUAUUCACAGUGUGUUUAGACGCCCCGAUGCCUCGGGUGUCGGAUGAGAUGUAUCAGAGCCGUGUGGCUGCUCAGAUGCUGCACGGAGGAGGAGCUCGUUGGAACAGUGGCAACCGCUGGUUUGACAAGACAUUACAGUUCAUCGUUGGUGAAGACGGUACAUGCGGACUGAUGUACGAACACGCACCUGCUGAGGGUCCCCCCAUUGUGUUUCUCAUUGACUAUGUUGUAAAUUACAUGCGUAAAACUGAAAUGGUUCGCUCUCCCAUGGUUCCCCUGGUCAUGCCUCAGAAGCUACGUUUCAACAUUACACCUGAAAUCAAGAGAGACAUCGACAGAGCCAAGCAGAACAUGAACAUAAUGGUGCAUGACUUGGAUGUGAAGGUGUUGAUGUUUUCUCAUUUUGGGAAACUUGUGCCAAAGCAACAUAAGCUGAGCCCAGAUGCCUUUGUGCAGAUGGCCUUUCAACUUGCCUACUUCAGGAUGUAUGAUAUUUGCUGCUCAACAUAUGAGAGUGCAUCAUUACGAAUGUUCAAAUAUGGACGAACAGAUGGAAUCCGUGUGACUACUGAAGAGUCCUCCAAAUUUGUCAUGGCUAUGCAAGACCCAGCUAAAAAGAACACAGAGAGGAUGGAGCUGUUGAGGGAAGCUGUUGAGAAACAUAAGCAGAACACAUACGAUGCAAUUCAUGGACAGGGUAUAGACAGACACCUCCUGGGUCUGAAGAUGGUGGGUAUUGAGGACCUGACCUCCAUGCCUGAGAUAUUCAUGGACACCUCUUUUGCAGUGGCUCAGCAUUUCAAUCUCUCAACCAGUCAGGUUGGCUCAAAGACAGACUGUGUGAUGUGCUUUGGUCCGAUGGUGCCAGAUGGCUACGGAGUGUGUUACAAUCCCAUGGAUGAGCACAUCAACAUCGCCAUCACGGCCUUCAACAGCUGUGAGGAGACGCACGCUGCCAAGUUUGCCCAGGCUGUGGAGGACGCUCUGUUGGACUUGAGAGCUCUGCUAGAAGACACAGCUACAGCCAAGCAGUGAUCCCACACAGGAGCCUGGCAUGGUGAUUGUGUCCCACUGGGCUGUAUGGGAGCUGCAACUGAACCGGUGCCGGAGUCACUGGCAGAGCGCCAGGAUGACGUCGACACACAAUGAACUGAGCGUGAUGGAGUUGAUGGGGAACCGGGUAUCAAAGGGUACAAUGUUUGACAGUCAAUGCACUGCCUUUGUGAGGAGAAGCUGUGAAGGAGAUUCUAUAUUUUAAUAUAUUGUAUUAUAUAUAAACUUGAAAUGAAGAUGAUAGGCUGAUUGUAAUGGUAGUAUUUAUUUCUUUGUUCAUACAGUGCCAUUUCCAUGUCUAGUCCUCAGAAGGAUUCUGUCCUGUUUGAUUUAAAGAUUUUGAGUGCUUGGGGUUGUUUUUUUAUUUAUUUCAGAUUAAAAUAAUUAGCUCAUUGGAACAAAAAUAGGAUCUCGCUGAAUUUUAAAGGCUUUAGCAAAAACUAAAUAACUGCAAACUAAAGAAAUGUAGAAUAUUAUUGUAUCCUUAAAACAGUUAUCAGUGAGUAUCAAAGAUGCACAAAAGAAUAUUCAGCUCUGAAGCUCCCUUUGGAAUGCAGGUAGUCUCCAUGAAACUCAAUCUCAGCCAUGUUUCCAGAGGAGUGCCACUGAAACAGCUGCUGGCCUUUAAACACAUUUGUCUUCAACAUAUCCAUGUCCCGGAUCUGAACAGAAGACAAAACAGAGCAAACGUUAUCACACUCGUGCUCUCUCCUGCUAUGUAUGUGGUACAUGAGAACAACAGCACAUGUUGGAAAGCCCACCCGCACCAUUAUGAAUGUAGACUGGGAGUUGGUGGAGUUGAAUACUAAUCCUAUAUGCAGAGCUUGGAUUCUGAUCUUCACUGCGGGAGGGGCGUUGAUGAGGACCCGACAGGUGUGGUUCGUGCUGGAUGUUGUCGGGUUCUCAAAAACACCGAUUGGGGAAAACAGCUGAAUGUCACAAUCUGUGCAGCGUGGACAGAGUGCAUUUAGUGCAUAGGGUUAAACAAAACAGGAACAACCUUUCACUCAAAUGCAAUCUAACGCAUAGACCAGACAAGAGGUGUUAAAUGAAUGAAGGUCAAAAUGGUUAGUAUUUGUAUAUGGAUUGUUUUGGGUUGUUGAAAAGCUAACAUCUGAAUAAUCUUUACAAGAAAACAUAUGAAGCUUUAUGAUAUCUUUCAGCGUCCCUGUUUAAUUGCAGGCUUCUUGUAUUGGAUUGCAAUAGACAGUGCAAGUUUUAGAAACAUUGCACACAUCUCUCUGGAUUCAGUUUGAACCUUUGUGUUGCAAUAAACUCAGACAAUGAGCUCA